AUGAGCGACGAGAAUUCCCCGCUUGUCACCGUGAAAUGGAUGCGCGAGAAGUAUGAGCUGCCCUUGAACGUCGACGAGGAGCCCGAGGCGUUCAAGUCCCAGCUGUUCAGCCUCACCGGUGUGCCGCCGUCGCGCCAGAAGUUGAUCAUCAAGGGCAAGACCAUCCAAAACUCGUGGGAUGGCCUGCAAAUCGCGCCCGGAAUGGUGAUGAUGAUGAUGGGAUCGACGCAGCCUCUUCUACCGGAAAUUCAAGUAUCGACGCCUGGCGAGCAGCCCUCUCAAGGCGCUCAACGUGUUGAACAAUACAUGCCGGCCGGCCUGGAGAAUUGCGGAAAUUCUUGCUACAUGAAUUCUGUCCUCCAGGCUAUGCACACUGUGCCCGAGUAUCGAGAGGUGCUCGAGCGUUUUCAACUGAGCCCUAACUUCCAACAAAAGCCACGCGAGAAUCUGGUGCACACGAUGCGGGCUUCUUCUCGGAUUAUCGACCACAAGCCAGCCGGGUUUAUGAACACCCUGGAGAUGCUCUUGAGUCUGCAUGCCGUUUUUCCUCAAUUCAAGGAGAAGAUGCCGAAUGGAAUGUACCAGCAGCAGGAUGCCAAUGAAUGCUUCACAGGCAUCAUGCGUGUGACACUCGACGAGCUGAAAAGGCAGGAAGAGGGCUCUGAGGCAAACAUUGAUCGCUAUUUCACGGGGGUCUAUGAAAUCACCUAUACAAAUACCGAGAACCCGGAGGAAAAUCCGGAAACGGCGCACGAAGAAUUUUUGCAGCUUUCCUGUUACCUCGGACAAGACAUUCGUUAUAUGAAGACUGGUCUAACGUCGAAGAUGAAAGAGACCGUGACGAAAUUCAGCCAGACCCUCGGAAAGGAUGCUGUUUACAACAAGGAGACUCUCAUCGAACGCCUACCGGGCUACCUAUCGAUCCAAUUUGUGCGCUUCUUUUACAAGGAGAGCGCCAAGAGUCACGUGAAAAUUCUGAAGGAUGUCCAGUUUCCUCUUCGUCUUGACGUAGCGGAUAUGUGCACCCCUCGCCUGCAAAAAGCUAUGGCCGUUCAUCGCGAUGAAUUCCGACAGGACGACGCGAAACUCGCGUACGAUUCUCAGCGCCGACAAGCCGUCGACGAGGCCGACGAGAAAGGGAUCCCGCUGCCCUAUUCUUUCCCGGAUGAUCACGGCUCGAACAAUAGCGGCUUUUACGACCUUCAGGCCGUUAUCACACAUAAGGGCCGCUCCGCGCAAGCUGGCCACUAUGUGGCCUGGGUUCGCAUGGCCGAGGACAAGUGGGUCAAAUGUGACGAUGAUGAGGUGACCCCCGUUCACGUGGAGGACGUCAAGAAGCUUUCUGGUGGAGGGGACUACCAUACUGCCUACGUCCUACUGUACGGCCCGCGCAUCUGCCAUAAAUUCGACCACCUCCUGAAAAAA